CGGGCCGGACCCUGGGGCGCGCUGGGCUCCAGUCGUGGCAACUGGGUGUGGGGAGGCCACCCAGCCCACCUGGGGUAUCCGCUGUCGGACGGGCUCUCACCUCCAACAUCCGCAGGAACCCCUGAGCCCAGGCCCGGCCGGCUGGGGUUCCAUGGGCCCUGGGUCCACAUUGCCCGCAGCUGCAGAGCCAGGACAUCAAAGCUGGAGUGAAACAGACACUGUCCAUGGAGCAGGUGGAUAAGGUGGACAGGGGGCGGUGGUGAUGGCGCAGUUUGACACUGAAUACCAGCGCCUAGAGGCCUCCUACAGCGAUUCACCCCCAGGAGAGGAGGACCUGUUGGUGCACGUCCCUGAGGGGAGCAAGUCACCUUGGCACCACAUCGAAAACCUCGACCUCUUUUUCUCUCGAGUUUAUAAUCUACACCAGAAGAAUGGCUUCACUUGUAUGCUCAUCGGGGAGAUCUUUGAGCUUAUGCAGUUCCUCUUUGUGGUUGCCUUCACCACCUUUCUGGUCAGCUGUGUGGACUAUGACAUCUUAUUUGCCAACAAGAUGGUGAACCACAGUCUUCACCCCACCGAGCCCGUCAAGGUCACUCUGCCAGAUGCCUUUUUGCCUGCCCAAGUCUGUAGUGCCAGGAUUCAGGAAAAUGGCUCUCUCAUCACCAUUCUGGUCAUCGCUGGUGUCUUCUGGGUCCACCGGCUUAUCAAGUUCAUCUAUAACAUUUGCUGCUACUGGGAGAUCCACUCCUUCUACCUGCAUGCUCUGCGCAUCCCCAUGUCUGCCCUUCCAUACUGCACGUGGCAGGAAGUGCAGGCUCGGAUUGUGCAGACCCAGAAAGAGCACCAGAUCUGUAUCCACAAGCGUGAGCUGACAGAGCUGGACAUAUACCACCGCAUCCUCCGUUUCCAGAACUACAUGGUGGCACUGGUUAACAAAUCCCUCCUGCCCCUGCGUUUCCGCCUGCCUGGCCUUGGGGAGGUUGUCUUCUUCACCCGUGGCCUCAAGUACAACUUCGAGCUGAUCCUCUUCUGGGGACCUGGCUCUCUGUUUCUCAAUGAGUGGAGCCUCAAGGCUGAGUACAAACGUGGGGGGCAACGGCUAGAGUUGGCCCAGCGCCUCAGCAACCGCAUCCUGUGGAUUGGCAUCGCCAACUUCCUGCUGUGCCCCCUCAUCCUCAUCUGGCAGAUCCUCUAUGCCUUCUUCAGCUAUGCUGAGGUGCUGAAGCGGGAGCCUGGGGCCCUGGGAGCACGUUGCUGGUCACUCUAUGGCCGCUGCUACCUCCGCCACUUCAACGAGCUGGAGCAUGAGCUGCAGUCCCGUCUGAACCGUGGCUACAAGCCAGCCUCCAAGUACAUGAAUUGCUUCUUGUCACCUCUGCUGACACUGCUGGCCAAGAAUUGCGCCUUCUUUGCUGGCUCCAUCCUGGCCGUGCUUAUUGCCCUCACCAUCUACGACGAAGAUGUGUUAGCUGUGGAACACGUCCUCACCACCGUCACACUCCUGGGGGUCACUGUGACCGUGUGCAGGUCCUUUAUCCCAGACCAGCACCUGGUGUUCUGCCCUGAGCAGCUGCUCCGCGUGAUCCUCGCUCACAUCCACUACAUGCCCGACCACUGGCAGGGUAAUGCCCACCGCUCGCAGACCCGGGACGAGUUUGCCCAGCUCUUCCAGUACAAGGCAGUGUUCAUCUUGGAGGAGUUACUGAGCCCCAUUGUCACACCCCUCAUCCUCAUCUUCUGCCUGCGUCCGCGGGCCCUGGAAAUUAUAGACUUCUUCCGCAAUUUCACUGUGGAGGUCGUUGGUGUUGGAGAUACCUGCUCCUUUGCCCAGAUGGAUGUUCGCCAGCAUGGGCAUCCCCAGUGGCUAUCUGCUGGUCAGACCGAGGCCUCAGUGUACCAGCAAGCCGAGGACGGGAAAACGGAGUUGUCACUUAUGCACUUUGCCAUCACCAACCCUGGCUGGCAGCCACCACGUGAGAGCACGGCCUUCCUGGGUUUCCUCAAGGAACAGGUUCAGCGGGAUGGAGCAGCUGCUGGCCUUGCCCAAGGGGGUCUACUCCCUGAAAAUGCCCUCUUUACGUCCAUCCAGUCCUUACAAUCUGAGUCUGAGCCACUGAGUCUUAUUGCAAAUGUAGUGGCCGGCUCAUCUUGCCGUGGUCCUUCACUGCCCAGAGACCUGCAGGGUUCCAGGCACAGGACUGAAGUCGCCUCUGCCCUGUGCUCCUUCUCCCCUCUGCAACCUGGUCAGGUUUCCACAGGCCGGGCUCCCAGUACCAUGACAGGCUCUGGGGACAGGAUGGAUGCCAGGACAGCCAGCUCUGGGAGCAGUGUGUGGGAAGGACAGCUGCAGAGCCUGGUGCUGUCAGAAUAUGCAUCCACUGAGAUGAGCCUGCACGCCCUCUAUAUGCACCAGCUCCACAAGCAGCAGGCCCAGGCUGAACCUGAGAGGCAUGUGUGGCACCGCCGGGAGAGUGAUGACAGUGGGGAGAGUGCUCCUGAAGAGGGGGGAGAAGGUGUCCGGCACCUCCAAUCUAUCCCCCGCUCUGCCAGCUAUCCCUGUGCUGCUGUACCCCGGCCUGGAGCACCAGAGACCACUGCCCUGCAAGGGGGCUUCCAGAGGCGCUACGGUGGCAUCACAGGUAUCCAGUGGGCAUUCAGGAGGACACAGCCUUUCUUCGCAUCCCUCUUGGUGAAGAAAGAAAUCCUGGCACAGUGCCCCGGGCUCCCUCUCACUUCUCUCGGCUGCCCCUUGGCGGGUGGGCUGAAGAUGGACAGUCAGCAUCAAGGCACCCAGAGCCCGUGCCCGAGGAGGGCUCUGAGGAUGAGCUUCCCCCUCAGGUGCACAAGGUCUAGACAAGGCUGAGGAGGGUCCCUAUGCCCCAGGAUGCAGGCAUCUGUUGCCCUGCCAUCCCAUCCACCUGCCAUGGAGGGCUUCUCUGAGUGUUGCCUGGCUCCACGCGUAUGGUGUUUGUGUGUCCGUGCCUGGCCAAGAGAGGUGCCAAUACUAGGCUCACCACAGCCCCAGGAGAGAAAUUGGGGGCCUAGGACCAGGGCACACAGGACUCUAGCCUCAUCCCCAGGAACCCACUUGGCUCGGAGUGUGGUGCUAGCAACUGGUCCCCAGCCCAGCCCCAAUACUGCCACCUUUGCACCUACCCCUACGAGUUUCCAGAGGACUGCCCACCACAGAAGCUGCCAACCAGGGAGAACCUGUGCCAACUGUGGAGUGGGGAGGUUGGGCCUGGACCCUCAACCUCUGUGGCCUCCCUCUCCCCACCCUGAACAGAUGAGCAGCUCAGGCUGUGGCCCUUACCUCACCCCCAGUUCUCCCAGUGCUACAGCCUGCUCACCCCUCCCUCCCUGCACAUCACUGGCAUGUGAGCUGCUUGCUCUGGUUCUGUUCGCUUGUUGCCCUCCUGUUCAACUUUUGACUUGCGUUGGCGUAGAGGCCCUAGCUCCCAGCUCCUCUCACGCUAUCUUUUGACACUAAGGAUGGUUUCUAAAUUACAGGAGCAGGAUGGAAAUUUUUUGCUGCCCUGUCCAAUUUUUCAGAUGGCUCCUGGGAGACUGAGGCCUUCCUGGCCCCCAUUACUGCUUAUUGUACCCCCAUCCCUCCCACCUCCUGCACAAGGGACGGGGUUGGAGUAUGCCCUGGUCCGUCUACCUCCCAGCAAGAGAGCUCUGACCUGCCUCCUGUUGUCCCCUAGAGGGGGACAGAGGGGCGGCAGGAUGGCUUCGCCCUAGGCUUUGGGCUGCCGCAUUGCAUGCUGGGACCCAGCUCUUACCCUCAGCCCCACCCUCGGCUCCGGUCCGCUGCGGGGAGUGGUGAGUUGCGCUGCCUGAACUCGCCGCGGGACGCAGUGGUGACUGUGUACAGCUUCAUUACCCUUAAUAAAGAAGGGACUUUGA